GAGACUGAAGAUGCCGUGAAAUCUAUCUUCGAUGGUGAUGAUGAAGAAGAAGAGCCCCAAUACCCAACUUUAGUCUUUGUUCCUGGCAAGAAUGGUGCUGUAGUAGCAUCUGCUGGCUUAUCUACAGCAGCUGAAGUGGCAAUGGUCUCAUCAAGCAUCGCAGUUUCAAACGAUGAGACCAAUCGCGCCGCAGAUGCCAUUGCGCACGUGGACGACGAAGACGAGGACGAUGCGGAGGUAGCACCUGGAGAUGUUUCAGAUGAGCAACUACUACGGGAGUCAUUUGUGGAAGAGCCUAUUUUGGAAGAGAAACCCGCUGCAGAUAAAUCUGUAGAGCCACCUGCACCUGUUGCAGAAGAGGAAAGAGCACUGCCUGUAGAUAAGCCCGCAUCGAAUGUGAUUGUGAUUGAAGAUGAUGACGAUGUGGUGGAAGUUCCUUGCACAAAACCUGUGCAAGAAGUGGAACCUCCGCGCAGUGUGCAUCCGUAUCAACAGCCUGUUACGUCUCAGACAUCUGUGCCGAUCAGUGUUUCGAUCCCAGAUCGGAAGGGAGCCACUCCACUGCAGUCACCGAGCAGGCCAGCACCAACAGAACAAGCAACAUUUGUUCAGCCCGCAAUAGUGCAGCCGCUGAAGGCAUCUCCUGUGCCUUCUUCCGGAUAUGUAUCAGUAUUGCCGAGUGCUUCACCUGUCUCGGGAGGUAUAACGCAGGGUACGCCCGUGGUAACGCAAGCCAGUCUGCAGCAGCUGUACACUCGUUUUCAACAACCCGCCUUCACUCAUGUCAAUGUCCUGCAG